AUGAAGCACAGCAGCAAGGAGGCGGAAAACAAUGUCGACAGGCAGGGGAUCCGCUCGUGGGACGUGGAGCUGACCGCCUGCAACCUGGACGAGCAGCUCAAGCUCUUCGUGUCGCGCCACUCCGCCUCCUUCUCCGAGGAGGUCAAAGGACAGAGGACCCUCCACCACAGCGGGGAUGUGCUUGAGACGCAGGUCGUUGUUAACCCUUCGGAUGACUUUGUGUGCUCAGAGGUCCGGAGACUGAUCUCUGAUGUUUCACGACACAAACUGCUGGUUCUUGCGGGUCAGUGUGUGGAGGACACUGGGGACCUCGUGUUGCAGACCGGCUGCUUCUCACUCCAGGAUUUCGUUCAGAUCUUCACAGACAAAGAGAUUGGUGAGUUGCUGAGCUCAGCUGACCCCACACACAAAGUCAGUCUUACCCUGGCUUGUCCGGCCUGUGGGGACUGGAAUAACUCUGUGCUGGAGAAACACAACCUCCAAGACUUCAUCGAGAUCAAAUCCAACCCCCCUGCCAUCCUCCCCGAGAUGGAGGGGCUACAGGAGUUCACAGAAUACCUUUCGGAGUCCCUCGAACCCCGCUCUCCCUUCGAGCUCUUGGAGCAACCCAACACGGUGGGCUUCCUGAAGCUCUCCAAGCCAUGCUGCUACAUCUUCCCAGGCGGGAGGGGGGACUCUGCCUUUUUCGCAGUUAACGGAUUCAACGUCCUGGUCAACGGGGGCUCCGAUCCCAGGUCCUGCUUCUGGAAACUGGUGCGCCAUUUAGACAGGAUAGAUGCCAUACUACUGACCCACAUUGGCAUUGACAACCUGCCUGGGAUCAACAGCUUGCUGCAGAGGAAGACUGCAGAGCUGGAGGAAGAUCAGUCCGCAGGAUCCCAGAGCAACGAGGACUGGCUGAAGAAUUUGAUCUCCCCUGAGCUGGGGGUGGUGUUUCUCAAUGCCCCAGAGAGGCUUAAAACCAUAGAGAGCAAUCCAAAAGUGCUGAGGAGCUGCGAUCAAGUGGCACUGACCUUGCAGCACCUGGAGAGGUUGGGAAUUCGUCCAGAACCUCUCUGUCGGAGCAACGCUGCUGUGGUGGAGCCAGUCAUCCUUUUCCAGAAGAUGGGGGUGGGCCGUCUGGAGAUGUACAUUCUUAAUCCUGUUAAGGGCAGCAAGGAACUAGAAGCCUUGACGCAGAACUGGCCUUGGAACGGUUCCCCCAAAGACUCUGAGUGUCUGGCUUCCAUCUGUGCUCUUUUGAUCUGGCACCCUGCUAAUCCUUUGGAAAAGAUCAUCCGUGUUCUCUUCCCCGGCUGCACACCUCAAGGCAAGAUCUUGGAAGGCCUAGAAAAGAUGAAACACCUGGAGUGUCUCAAGCACCCAGUGGUGAGCCAGAAAGAUCUGGAUGCCCCCAAAUCCGACAAACAACCCAAGAGGACUGAGAGCAGAGAGAGUCUUAAGUCUGGUCCGAGAGAUUCAAGAUCUGGUAGUGGUACACUGAAGGAUAAAUUGGGUCAGAAGAAACCAGAGUCAAAAGGUAAGGAAAAAGUCAAAACUGCAUCGAGCGACUUGCCAAAAGAAGGGGCAGCCGGAAAGGAAGGGGAUGACAAACUAAAAGGUGACAUGAAGCCAAAGUCUACAAAGGAGAAGCCAGCAGCCAAAAAGGAUCCCUUAAAAGAUGAUAAAAAGGAGGUCAAGAAGGAAGAGAAAGUCCCUGUUAAGAAAGAUGACAAUGGAGAGAAAAGGGAGGGGAAGAAAGAACUAGUGAAGAAGGACUCUGUCAGCACAAAACUGAAGAAAGACCUCAAGGUGGAAGCAAAGAAGGAAGUCAAAAAAGAUGUGAAAGCAGAGGAGAAAAAAGUGACCAAGCAGCCAGCCAAAGACGUCAAGAAAUCCAUGGGUGGUGCAGCUGCCGCAGCAGACCCUAAAAAGCUACCGGGUAAAGCGGGUACACUGAAGAAGGAUGGAGCCACAGGGAAAGCUACACCUCUGGCCAAAGGUGCAAAACCAAAGACCCUUAAGAAGGAGUCUGAUCCCAAGAGCCAGCCAGCAGCUGGUCCUUCAGAAGGGGAUGCAGAACGUUCCAAGAUGUCCACUCCUGAGGACAUGACCGCAGAGUUUGAGAAGCUUAAAGAGGAGAGCAAAGUUGAGCAAGGUGGAGAUGCUGGCAAUAAAGCCAAGGGAGAGUUGAUGGAUGAAGGGAUCACCGGGGCAGAAAGCCAGCACGAUUGGUCACCAGGGGACAAUGGAACUAAUCACCAAAAUAAAGGAGAAACGGCAGGAGAGGAAGAGCUUGAAAGCCCAGAGAAGUUCCGCAAUAUGGAGGCUAUCCCCAACCCCAACAAAAGCCUGGGCCCUGCUUCUCCACUAGCAAAGUCCCCAAAGAGUGACCAUAGUGCGAACUUCGACCUGACCCCUACAGAGUACAUACUACUAGAGGGAGGACUGAAGGAUGGAUUUCUAAAGAACGGCCAGGAGGACCCAUGUGCCAGUUCGGAUGAGAAGACACUGGAGAUGGUAUCUCCUCAGGGUUCGGGUCCUGCCAGCGCCGGUCAUACCCCUUUCAACCAGUCCCCAGUAGAGGAUGCCCUGGGCUCUGGAGAGGAAAGCAGUUUAGGAGGGAAGAUCUCCAGCCUGGUCUUUGAUGAUGGGAAGCUUCUGGGUUCUUGCAGGAAUUCUGAGUCUGGCUGCCCUAGGUCUGGAAUGGAAAACUCUUCUUCCUCCCAGUACAACCAGUCCAGCUUCCUAUCCCUUAGCCCCUUCAGGGACAUGAUGCCUGAUGUCUCCUCCACCAUCACCACCUCCUCCUUCCCAGCCGAAGUGGGGUCCCCCCACUCCACGGAAGUGGACGAGUCUUUGUCGGUGUCGUUUGAGCAGGUACUGCCGCCAGUGAGCGAGUCUCCCCAAGAGGAGAUGAGCGACCGACCCUACUCUAAUGGCAUCUACUCUGUGGACCCGGAAGCCAAGGUGGGAAUGACGCUGCCUCUGAGGACGUCCCACAAUGUCCGGCCUCCCGGGGAUGGUUUGGAGGGGCGCAAACCUCCACCUCAUGGUGCCCUGCCUCUGUCCGAGCUCCCUCCUCAUGACGUUGACCUCUGCCUGGUCUCACCCUGCGAGUUCAAGCACCCAAAAUCCCUUGAACACCAGCUCACCCCUCCCCUGGUCAACCCCAGUCCUCGGGAGCUCUCUGACGAUAGCGACCUUUCCCAGGAACUGGCCAAGCCUCUAACCGAGCGGCGGUCCUGUGCCAAUCGCAAAGCUCCCCAGGACUGCGAGACACCGCCCACUUCUGCCAGCGAGUCUCUACCCACCCAGUCUGACUCGGACGUGCCUCCCGGUACUGAAGACUGCCCCUCAAUCACUGCAGAUGGGGGCUUGGAUUCGGACGAUGAUUCAGAGAGCUUUCCUGCCCAGGACCGCACCCUGUCGCGUUCCUCCCAUCGGGCCCUGUCAUCUCGGGAUCCCCCUCCAGCCCCCAUGAAGGACCUCCCUCCCCUGCCCCCCCAGCCUGGCACCUGUAUGGUGGACCCCGAAGCCGAGCAGCAGGCGAAGAACGGCAAGCGGGACGCAACCAAGGUGAAGAAG